UCAGUGUCUGAUGAGGAAUUUCCCCCACCAAUCAUUAUCACUCAAUUCUGCAAGUGGUUCUGAUUUACUAUCGCUGUUCUCUAGCCGGUCUAAAACCGCGUCUGACCUAAAGGGACACUUUUUGGACGCCAUGGACGUUUCUCAGUUUCCAGGCAGAAAGGGCGGUAAAAAUGCAGGCAGGGCCCCGGACAAAGUACUCGGGACAAAAUGUAUGUGAAAUGGUUUGAUACAGGAAUGUUAUACUAUGUGAUUUUAGUGAAUUGAAUGUCACUUAUUAACAUUUUUAAAUUUCCCGCCAGUUCUGUCCCCGUACGUCCCGACGUCGCAGGGAACGGAACCCGGAAGACGGAUGCCGGCAUCGGCCGGAGGACAUUGCUGGGGACACUGCAGGAGGGACA